GUGACCUGGCGCGGUGCAUGCUGGGAACCCUGAGCUAUCCAAUAUGGCGGCUCCAGUGCUGAAGGAUGGUGAAGGUGUUGGUUCGUCGAAUGUUGAUCUUUUACUUCACCCUGAGCUUUUGUCUCAAGACUUUAUGCAGCUCAUUUUAAACCAGAAAACUGUCAGCACCGGAGAGUGCCGGAGUCGGGACCGGCUCACGGAGCUCUACCUCCAGCAUGUCAUCCCGCUGCCGCAGAGGAGUCUGCCCGACAGCCGCUGGGGCAGGAGGGUGGCGAAGAGCCGAGGGUCAGUGACAGAUCACAGGUCACAGAGGUCACAGAGGUCACACAGUUCCAAUAAUGACCAUACUCGGAAGAGGCCUCUAAUCGUGUUUGAUGGCGCUUCUCAUUCUGGCCCGAUAAAAGUCAAGAAACCUGAGGGAACCACUGUGACAGCGGUGAUCUCCGACAGGUUAAAACCGCCUCCCGCUGCAAACGUGUCCAACCCCGUCCGCAAGCUAUCGGGAAACUCGUCCUCCUCGGCCAGUCACAGGACUGACGCGACAAACCUCAAACGAGAAGCUGACAGCACGGGCGCAGUGAAGUCUCCGGAGUCGAAGAGAAAGAUCCAGCAUGUGACGUGGCCCUGACAUCCGACCCCUGCCCUGUUUCAGAGCUUGUGGCUCCAGAGGACAAACUGCUGUCUCUAAACACUCAGAUGAGAUUUUUCAUUUUCUUUCUUUCUUUUCUUUUCUUUUUUUUUUUUUUUACUGCCUUUGUUCUUCUUAUCUCAGUGUUUUCCAGCAAAGAAAGAGGUGAACAGAGUUUACCUGUGCCGCCUCCUAAGAACUCACAUGGUGGAGCAGUGUAACAUCACAACCUCAAGUGCCCUUAACCUCAAUCGUCUUCUACAAGUCGUGGCUGUCUGUACGACGUUUAUAUGAUAAUAGGGCCUUGAAUACUCGUGUGCAAUGAUUUUAAGGGGGGAUUUCUUGGAUUGGUUUCGCUAAGGACUCGUCGGCACCUCACGUGGCAGCGUUACAAACACAUCGGCUCUGUUUUAUGUAAAUAAGAACACUGACUAACACCACGUUUAUGUUAGAAACUAUGUGUUUGCUUGAGAUUUUUUUAUUUAUAUGAUCAAUUCACUUUAU